GCUCUGCGCGCACAGCGGGUGGGCACGCAGUAGCGAGAGGUGCACGGGUCGAGCAAGACGUGUCCGCGCGUCCGUCCAGGCGCGGCGAUAUGUGCGGGCGUGUAUGCGAGACGAGAUCAUGUGAAUAAGAUCCGCGGCCCGGCGGCACGCACCUUCGACGACGUCACAACAUACGCGGUGUCGUGGUAUCGCGCGCGACGUACAAUUUUUCGAGGAGGAACUCCGUCGCGGAACUCAGCUGCACCUUCUGCACGCGCGAAUCGGCCCGUUCGUGCUGCGCCGUCGUUAUUAACUGUGUACAUAUAUAUAUUUCUCGCGUACGUACACGGAACAGACACACGUGUGCGCGAGAAGACGGACGUUUCUCAAGUAUUAUGCGCGAAUGGGCGUAUUAUUCUGGAUCGAGGAUACCGAAUCGCUCGUCGAUACGAUAAUAGUGCGCGCGAGAGACGGACGUCCAGCAGGAACGGCGAUAACGGUGACAAGUGCGCCGCGAAAGGGACAGGGACGGAGAUAGAGCGAGCGAGGGACAGUGUGUGUGUGUGUGUGUAUGUGUGUGUGGGAGUGCGAGAGAGAGAAAUUGAGGUAGAAGAGGACGCAGUGAGGGAAUGGAGAACGCCAUGCAGCCGCCACCCCCUCCACCAGCCUUCGACAUGCCACAGAGCAGCAACACCGAGCAGACGGUCACCCACGAGUUGACAUUCGUAAAUCUGGCGGAUAGCGGAAGCCAGAAAGUCGAUAUGACAGACUUUGACAUACUGAAAAUCCUUGGCACUGGAGCUUACGGGACAGUCUACCUGGUGCGAAAAAGAAUGGGUGCGGACUGCGGUCAACUUUACGCCAUGAAGUUACUGAAAAAGGCUUCCAUCGUGCAGAAGAAGAAGACGACAGAGCACACGAAGACCGAGAGGCAGAUCCUGGAGGCCAUCCGAGACAGUCCUUUUUUAAUAACUCUGUACUACGCGUUUCAGACUAAUGAAAUGCUCUGUUUAAUCUUAGAUUAUGUUCCUGGUGGUGAGAUGUUUACGCAUCUGUAUAACACUCAAUUUGCGGAGAGAGAAGUACGAAUUUACGUCGGCGAAAUUGUUUUGGCGCUAGAACGUCUCCACGAGCUUGGCAUAAUCUAUCGAGACAUCAAGCUCGAAAAUAUUCUGCUGGAUAGAGAUGGGCAUCUCGUAUUGACGGAUUUUGGUCUCAGCAAGGAAUUCUUGCCGCACGAGAGGAACGGCAACGCACGCACUUACUCAUUUUGCGGAACCAUCGAAUACAUGGCCCCGGAAGUGGUGCGAGGGGGUUCCAGCGGCCACGAUAUUGCUGUCGACUGGUGGAGCGUGGGUGUGCUAACAUUUGAAUUACUGACCGGCACGUCGCCUUUCUCCAAGGAUGGCUACAACACCCAGCAGGAGAUCUCGAAGAGGAUCCUGAAGGACGAUCCACCGCCGAAGCCGAGUAACCUGAGCGACACCGUGUGGGACUUCAUCACCCGCUUGCUCGUCAAGGAUCCGCGACAGAGGCUGGGCGGCGGGCCACGUGACGCGAAGGAGCUCAAAGAGCAUCCGUUUUUCAUGGACGCCGCGCCGGAUUUCACCUGGGAGGCUCUGGAGAAUAAGCGGAUCAAACCGCCCAUCGUUCCGGUGAUCAAGCACGAAUUGGACACCAGCAACUUCUCCGACGAAUUCACAAACAUGAACGUUGCCGAGAGCCUGGCGCGACUCAUCAACGGCAACAAUACUAUCGAGAAGCAUUUUAGGGGUUAUUCGUACGUCGCGCCUUCGAUACUAUUCAGCGACAACGUGGUGAGCAGAGACAUCUUCGGCAACAAGCCAUUCCUCGGGUUGGGCUUGCUUCACGGGCACCAGCCGCGGCCUUCUUUCUCCUCCUUGCACGAGAUCCGUUUCGACGAGUCCACCUUCUUCCAGACUUACGAGCUGGACCGAACCGGGCCGAGCCUGGGUCACGGCAGCUUCUCGAUCUGCCUGCGAUGCCGGCACCGCGACACCCGGCAGGAGUACGCCGUGAAGAUCAUCAGCAGGCGGGUGGACUGCGACCGCGAGGAGAACGUGCUGCGCGCCUGCCAGCGUCACUCGAACGUCGUGAAGCUCAUCGAGGUUCACCACGAUCGGCUGCACACCUACAUCGUCAUGGAGCUGCUCGCGGGCGGAGAGCUGUCGCAGCGACGGCGACCCUUCUCCGAGUGGCAGGCGAGGCGAAUAAUGCGGCAGCUGUCAUCCGCAUUGCGGUACAUGCACUCGAACGGUAUCGUGCAUCGCGACCUCAAACCGGAGAACAUCAUCUUCUUGCAUUCAGGCGAAGAUUCUCCGGUGAAGAUCGUGGACUUCGGCUUCGCCAGGAUGAAGACCAACUGCGAGCCGCUGCGGACGCCCUGUUGCACCUUGCCGUACGCCGCCCCGGAGAUCGUAGCCAGACAGGGCUACGACGAGAGUUGCGACAUGUGGUCCCUCGGGACCAUCCUCUAUUUCCUGUUAUCCCCGAACGAUCCGCCCUUCCGGAUGGACCUGCCCGACCUGGCGAACCGCAUCAAGACCGGCGAGAUCGACUUCGACGCUUGGACCCACGUCUCUCCCGGCGCGAUCGACGUGAUGAAGGGUCUGCUGAUAAUCGAGCCGAAGCACAGACUCACCGCGAGGGAUCUCAAGUACCAUCCGUGGAUAGUGGCGACGACCAAGGACGCGUUGCUGCCCCCGAUGACGCCCAUUCACGACGUCGUCGUCGUUGCGAAUCACGGGGAUGCCGCGGCUAGCAGCUCGACGGAGCAGCGCGAGAGCUUCCGACUGCGCGCGGUGGACGCGGCAAAGCUGGCGCAGCGUCGCAAGAACAAGCGUUCCACGUCCAGCUCGUCCUCGCGACCGUCCUCCUCCUCCUCGAGUCCUCCGCUGUCGUCGAACCAGCCGUUGCGUCCGGCGAGCGCCCAGGCGAGCACCGCGAACCACACCUCUUCCACCUCGUCGCCGAGCGUCUUCGAUUACACCGACGAGGUCGUGAGCGAGUACCUGAGCUCCCUAUCCUCCUCUUCUUCCUCCGACAAUUCCAAGUCCUCCGACAACUCUCCGUUGACGCACUCGCUUCUGCAGAAGCGAGCGCUGGAGGAUUCCAAGCGCGGAUAUGAGUCCGCGGAUCGGCCCAAGAAGCGCCGUCGCCGCGACGACGCCGACAGCGACAACAGCAGCAGCAGCGGGCCGAUGACGCGGUCGCGUAGACGCAAGCUGGAACAGCUGGCGAGCCCGAGCGGCGGGGACGCCGGUUCCGACGUGUCCGUGGAGUCCUACGAGAGCUCGCCCUCGCGAAGCGAGGAGCAGGAUGAGGAGGCGAGCCUCCACAGAAAGCACAAGGCCGGCAAGCGGUCGAAACGGCUUCCCACGAUUACGGUCGAAUAGACUCUUCUUCCUAUUUACCGUGCCCGGUCCAAGCAGUUCUUAUCCUACUUCCUAGGCAUUUUUACACGGUUUGCCUUCGGCGUUCGUGGACAAGACGCGAACGGCGCAUCAUUCCUAUUCACGACAGUUUUAGCCAAUAUCAUAUGUGUAUAUAUAAUAGUAUAUUGUGUAUCAAGUGCGGAAAGUUGACA